UUAGUACAUCAUGGAUGAAGAAAAGGAAAGGGAAGACGUCGAAAACUGGAAAGUGUAUGAAGCUCUGUGCAGCAAAAGUCCAACCGAGGUAAAGUACCUGUAUCAUCCUCAGUUAUUAAGAAACCUAUACAACGUUUGCUUUGUUAUUAAUUAUUACCUUAGUGUCGCGAAAACAAUAUAAGCUGUAUUGAAUGAUUCUUCUAGAAAUCUGUUGGGAACAGACAUCAUUGAUGCUAAAUACGUCUUUCGAUUCAAUAAACAAUAAAGUGUCCGAUUGGUAAAAAAAAUAUGAAAGAACAUUCGAUUAGACUUACCCAAAUAUAUUUUUUGAGCAAAUGAUUUAUAAAGGAACUUAAUACGAAACUCGUCGGUCACGCACUCAAUAUUUUCGAAGAGGUUAUCCGUCUUACCAAAAACUAGCAAAUUUACCACCAUAAUAUCCGAAACCUUGAUGCAUUCCAACAAUCAGCGUUUGUUGCAGUCUGACGCAAAUUUCUGUCGAGUGCGAGAAUCCUUGCGUCUUCCGUUUGUCUCGGAAGGCAUGUGUUGCGUAUAUUCGGGUGAAUUCAAUGUGAAAUAUUUCAGAUUAAAGCUGCGACUCUGCGUUAGUGUAAAUUGACCCUUGCAGCCUAAUUGAAUAACGCAAACGGGAUGGGGCUCGCCAGCUCACUAGAAAAUAUUAGGUAAUAGUUUGCUACACGUACUAGUGCGAGCAGAUCAUCAAGCGGUGCUGAUCCAGAGCGAGAUCCCUCCUUAGUCUGAGACUCCUGAGAAUAUAUACCUAGAUUAUAUAGAUAUAUAUAUAGAUUUUUUUAAUAAAAAAGGUUUUUUUGGAUAAUAAAAUAUAGUUUAAGCAUAUAUGCGCAUUUGUCAAUGUAAACCGAUAACAGUUAUAAGUACUUGUUGAAAGAUCGAUCCCAAAGAAUCUACUGUCGAUCCAAAGCACAAUCAUACCUGCUACUGCAGAUAACGUUCGCUCGCUCUACAUUAAUGACAAAUGCGGUAAUCUGACUUGAAUAGACUGGGUAUACAUCGUGUGCUUUCCUAUAUAAACCACUUAUGAUCGACGCCUUUAAUAUAAGCGAUGUCCGUCAGUCCUCAGACCUUAAAUAAAUCUUGCACCUCACUCGGCCCGGAACAGAAUUCGGCAUUUUCUAGUUUUCGUGAGAUUUUACUGGAGGGCUGUGCCUGUGAUUAACGGAAACGCCGCCGGUCACCUCGUGCCAAAUACAUUUGUAGGACUGGACUGGAUAGUCUGGAUACUGAGUGCUGACUCUGGUUUAUGCGAUUUUAAUUUAAAACUAGUUUGCACAUUUUGAUACGAUAUAUUUGGACCUCUUAUUGACUGGAUCCAAAAAAAUGAGUAGGUAGGUACCUUUUUUAUUUGGUAUGGAGGGAAUCUUCAUAGGUACCCACUCCCUAGGGGGAGGAAAUGUAUACAACCUGAACCGCCGUGUAGGAACCUGCUAAUCAAUUUUAAGCGACUUGAAAAAAAGAAGGUUCUCAGUUUGUUUGUUAUCUUUUUGAUGAUGUAGUAUUCUGUAGGUACACCAUCCUUUCGUUUUGGAUUUAUUGCAUGGUUAUGCGUUACAAAGUAACAAUCCUUACUACAUAGGUCAGCAACUUGCAUCUGAUCGACAUACCUACCUACUUUAUUUGUUAAGGUACUUUUAUAAUGAACAAAAUUUUUCAACUAAACAAAUGUAAAAUCAAUCAAGCGAAUCAAAUAUAAAUUAGCAAUGAAAUGAGUCGUUUAUCUACUUAGGUAAUAUUUUUUUAUAUCAAAGAAACUAUCAAAUCCGGAUGGUUUAUUAAGUACACUCUUUGAUGACAUUUUAUCCAUACCUUCCUCUUCCAUUACAAGUAUAACAACCCACAAACUCGGUUCUUACUAAAACCCUACUUUGGGACGAGCUGUGAAUAGGACCAACUGAGAAUGGGACCAAGUGCUCAUAACGCAAUUAGGUAUAAUACUAUAGUACCAGUUCCCAACUUCUGAUAUGUGGAAGGUUUGAGCUACGAUCGCCACACUUACUCAAGAUUCAAUGGCGGAUUGGCGACUCCAGAUUUCAUUAUUUGGAAUCUAGACAAGGCAAGGACAAUUGCGUUAAAAUAGAACGUACAACCUCGAGUAUAAAAGCGUAAGGGAAUCCCAACGGUAAUAAAGGUAACAACGUUAUAACAUAUUCGUAAUACAUCAAAUCACAUUAUUGAAACCAGCAUUGCAUCGCAUUUUUAACAGCUUGUAGCUUUACCGUUUAAAACAGUUACAAAAAGAUCGAUAUUGCCGUAUUCCAAGUAUUUGAAAAAAUGUUCACUGAAAGGAGUGCUAGCGUGCAUUGUCUCGUACCUCGCACGGGUUUCUCGUAUAAUAUAAACAUAACUGUGCCGACGUAUAGCCGACAGCCAAGUCAUAGAUUACGAGCUUCCCUUUCAGGAAAACUUCCGUGUUUAACGCGGCUCCUUGCCUCAAUAGAUCCCGUGGAUGACAUCGCAACUAAAUUACAAUUCAUCCAAUUAUCAUGUCUAUAAAAUCAUGAUUUAGGGUAAAGUCCCCACCGUUUAUGUAAAUGAUCAAAAAAUAUGCAUGUAUAUAGGUCGGUGAAAAAGAUAUCGUGACUGUCGGUCGGUUAGACUGAACCUCGAGCCAUAUCACGCUACAUUCUCGAUGGAAGCAGAUGCUGGUAACGACAUUAUCACCAGUCUUAGGAGUGAUCUGGCUGGUCUCCAAUACAAACGGGACAAGUUGAUAUCUGAAAACAGUGAUUUAAAAAACCUAAUGUUGGCUCGAGAUCAAAGAAUCUUAGAACAGCAAGUAGAAAUAGACCACCUUCGGGAACAAAAUGCUCGACAAAAUGCAAUUAUUUCAUCGCUCAGGAAGAAGAUCCAAGACCUUGAAGAAAUACAAAGGAACCUUCAAACUUCCCAAGGUAGAAGUGAAAUUACGGUUCAAACGCUGCAGAGAGAUAACCGAUACUGUGAAGAAAAGAUUAAAGAUUUGGAGAAGAAAUUACGUUCUCUAGAAUUAGAAUGUCAUAGUGAGGAACAACAGAAAGAAAACGCCCGCUGUCAAUUCCAUGAUCUGAUUCGUCGAAUGUCUGCCGCCUUGGAAUCGGAUUUCUGUGACACUGCACAUACUCAUUCCCCUGAAAGCCUCAUCAUAAAGGCGGCUGAACUUGUCCAAGAAAUCACCAGAUUAAAAAACAAAUGCUUAAAUACGACUGAAAACUUGUCAACGGUCGAACAAGAUUUAAGGAGUUGCAGAGACGCCUUAGAGAGGUCUAAUACUGACAAAGAUAUACUACAACGCCAGCUUUCCGCUCAACUCCUGGAUAUCGAGAGGUUAAAACAAGAAAAAGAGUCCUUGUGUGUUCAAAACAGAGUGAUCGAACGUGAGUUACAUGAAGCUAGAGAAAAAUUAUCACAUUGCUCCAAAAACUUGAACGUUGUUACCGAUAACGUCAACCAGAAUGAGUCUAUAAUAAUACAAUUAAAAGAGGAUUUGCGGCAUCGGGAUGAGAAAUAUCAAAGACUUCACGCGGAAUUCCGCAACACUAUGGAGUCAAUAGCCAUUUUACUCAGUUUACCGACAAGGUUUGUGGAAGCACACGAGACAACUAUAAAAGAUAGAAUACGUGAGAUAUUGAGUGACAACAAGGAUAAGACUGUGCAAAUUGACGCACUGCGUGAUAAAUUGGGCAUGGAAUCCCAGCAGUUGGGAAGAACAGCACAUUUACAUGACCAGGCCACCACCCGCGUCCGUAUUCUAGAAGAUGAAAGAAACAUGCUUGAAGCGAAAGUGCACAAACUGGAGUCUGAACUUAAUACCAUAGAACUAUCUAGGGAUAACUUGAGAAAAGACAAAGCUAAUUUUGUUGCAUUCCUUGAACGUCUUAGCAGAACACUCAAUAUGGAUGAGUUAACCCAAGACAUCGGAAUAGAAUUGCACACUGAAUCAAUUAUACAUCGUGCCGAGCAACUGUCGAGGCUUGAGAGCGAUAAAAUUGUUGACAAGAUGCUAUAUUACGGAUACUAUGGUACGCUGCCGAGACUGCGCAGAGAAAGAUCUUUCCAUGAUUUACCUUAUCUUAAAGAAACUGCCGUUGUGUAUCAAUUACAAAGACGAAUAAGAAUUUUGAGGGAACAGUUACAGAGGAAGGACUUGCAUCUCGAUUUAUUACGUCGGAAACUAAGUGUGCAGGAUGAGAGCUGCCGCGUCCGCGCCGUGCUGCAGGCCGAGCGUGAUGAGGCGGUGUCCCGCGGCAAGAAGCUGGCGCGGCAGUGCGACAAACUGCAAGUCCAGCUGAGCGAUGCACGAGCACAGCUACGCGACCUCAACGCGCAACUAGCUGAUGCUGCCGACUAUAAGAUCACAUCACUCGAACGCGCAAGAAAAGUGGAAGAGUUACAGAAGAAGUUAGAAGAGGCAGAAUUGGUCCGGGUCCGAUAUAAUCGUAAGGUCAACGUGUUGAAGGAACAGGUGCGAGCUACAGGCGAGACCGUCGAACAGGAGCGCUCCAGCUGCGGCCACCAGAUCACCAUCCUGCGCGACGACCUCGCGCGCACUAAGGAGGCGCUCGCCGAGUGCCAGCGCAGGGAAGCACAACUGACGAGCUUCAGGAAUUCGAUAGCCAAGUUAUUAGGUAUCCUGGUGCCAGCUUCAGUGUCGGACUUCGAGAUGGUGUCGCGUCUGCAGAAGCUGAUCGACGCGCACCACGACUUCACGGUGGUGUCGCGCCGGUACGACGACCCCGCGCUGCUGCGAGCCUCGUCCCGCUCCCCGCCGCCUUCCAGGUGCAGGACCAGGACUCCAGACAGGUGUGGUUGCAGGUCGCUGCGCUACGACGACUCCGGGUACGCCGACCCGGCGUAUGAUCUCGACGACGACCUGUACAAGCGCACCGGCUUGUGACAGUCGAGGCGCCGCGCUCGCUUCUAACCCCAACAACACUACACCCUUACCUAAGUUCUAUUUUAUUUUACUGGCAACACACAAAUUUAUGAUCGUUUUUAAUUGUAACAAAAUGUUAGCGACAUGAAUUUUGUGUUUAAAAGUCUGAUUUACGCCAGUUCGUUUAUUUUAAAAGGGCGGGAGUGAAUGUACCUAGAAAAAAAAAAUCUGGGUGUUACGAUCGAAAUGUGACAGGAUAAGUUUGGGACAGAAAACGCUAUGAGUAUGUCAUAUCUAUUUAUAGAUAUGAUAAAUCAAAGUCCUCCCGAUGUUGGGGUAGUGUAGGGCUAGUUCAGUAUUUCAAGUAAUCCAAUUUAUUAUUAAAAGAGUUAAAAACUUUACAAUACAGCACAUUUUGCAGGUAAAAGCGAGUAAGUGGCGACUUCUCAUAACAUUCUCCUCUAUUUUCAAUAGAAGAUUAUGGAAAGGUCUACAAACAUUAGUGGUAAACAAAGUGAUCAAAUAUAGUUUUAUAAUUCAACUUUACAAUAAGUUCAUUUAUCAGGCAAUCAUCGAAACAAACAGCGUAAUUCAAAAUUAAUUAUUUAAAGUGCAAAGUCUAGUCAUAAUCCUUGUAAGGAAAUUCUGCUUUAAUUAAGGAAUUAACAUUUUCCAUAUUUCGAUCUGUAAUUAACUUAAUGCGUCUAAACAAUUUAAUCGCGGAGAAAAAAAAGCCAUAAUAUUUGUUAUUCAGAAAACUGCCGACAUACCUACUCAUUAAUGUUAUUUUUUAAGAUUAAUGUUUUACAUUAAGCUACUAUGUAAUUGUAUGUUAGACAAGGAAGUAGUUCAUUAUCUUAGGAAUGUUAUAAUGACAUAGGUGGUCACAAAUACUCUAAUAUUAUGAUCAAUUUUGAUGUUGUUCAGUUUGUCUUCCAUUUCUUUGUCAAAAAGAUAUAAAUAUUAAGUUCCUUUUUAUUAAACUGUUGUGAUUUUACUUUUAAGUGAGUGCCUUACUCUGUAUUUUUUUUUAUUCGCACUGACUAAACUGUGAUAUGGAAUAAACUAAUAAAAAACUUGGAAUUAAAAAUACUCUCUGAAGCAAUAGUCGGCGCAUAACAACACUUUGCUAAAUGACAUUUUUAAAUUUGUUUUAUCUAACUCUGUGUACUUUGAAUGCGGCCGUUACGUUUUAAUUUACAUGUGCUACGAAUACAUAAUACACCUAUGCCUAUUAGUUUGAUACAUAAAAUUACGUCGUUAAUAAAUAAUUAUCCAUAAUUUCUCUCAGCUCCAGGGUCAUAUUUUAAUCCAAGGUUGUAUCGAAACGAGAGCUUUCAAAAUUACAUACCUAAACGAUUAAACACCACAGCCUAGCAACAAGAUUAACAACCGUAUUAACAAAUUAACUUUAAGUGUCACUACUACAGGAUUCUGCUAUUUAAAACGGCCGAUAAAUGAAUGGUAGUUGGAUUAAGUUUGAAAUUAUUCUGA